GAGGAGAUUAAAUACUGCCUCUGUGAAUCUUCUGCACUCAGUGAAUCUUCUGCACUCAGUGAAUCUUCUGCACUCCGUGAAUCUUCUCCACUCAGCAGCUGCAGACAUCAUGUCUCUUCUCCUCAAUCUGCUCCUGCUCUGCUCUUUAGCACUCGCGUCCUUCUCUGCACCAGUUAAACUGCACAGCUCACAAACCAGUGACUUCAAUUCCAACAUGCAGGACUCACGGAGUCUGGCCAGUAAGAUGCUGGAGAACAUUCCUGCGGCACACAAAUCGUGUGUAAGACAGGAAUUUACGAGCGACCCCUUCAGACUGGAGUACAUCAGGGGGCUGUUGGCGAUUCCUCCUGCACCGAAACUCGCCCCCAUUUCAGAAACAAACACUUUGGAGAUGAAUUUGGGCCGAAUCUCUGAAGGUCUGCAGCUCCAUCUGCAGCUCCAUCUGCAGCUCCAACAGCAUUUGUUGCAGGAAGAGAAGGAGAAAGCAGAUUGUGCCAAAGAGCUGAAUGUGAUACUGUCUGAGAUCAGUGAGCUGAAUACACACAUCAAAAAUUUGCAGGCGCUGGCUGGGUUUCCUAACUCUAACUCUCAGCUCGGCUCCGUGUCCGUGUUCGCUGCUGUCAGUAAAGAUGAUUAUACCCUGAACAUCGGCUUUCACCUCCUGCUAGAGCAGCUGCGUGCGUUCACUCAGGACACCGUACGCGCCUUACGAGAAAUUCAACGUUUACUUUUAGCUCACAAAGAAAACUGACUUUUAUACUUUUUUACAUUUUACUUGAAAUUCUAUUUAUUUUUUAUUUAUUUGGGGGAUAUUUAUAUAUUUAUUUGUGUGCUGCAAAUAUGAAAUGAUGCACUGGUUGUCAUUAGUUUGUAUAAAUGCAAACAUUGUUAUUCACAGAUGUUCGAUAGACAAAUACACUAUAGGAUCAAAAGUAUGUGCCCCCCGUCACGUUUCUUCCACAAUCUCCGAGUCACACAGUUGUGCAGAACGUCUCUGUGUAACUUUACAGUUUAGCUUCAGUUGAACUCCAAACCCUGCUCCAUCAGGACAAUGUCCCUGUGUACAAAGCAGCUCCAUGAAGACAUGGUGUGGAGGUGAAGGUUGAAGUGGAGAACUCCAGUCCUGCACAGAAGAGUUCAGCUUAUUAUAACAGCAAGUUGCAGGAGAAUUCCGGGUUUAUUUAGAUUUUAACACAUGUGGGUGUCAGGGGUGCACAUACUUCUGGUCAUACAGUGUUUGUUGAUUUGCAGGGUGGCAGGGCUGCUGGUUGUGGGGUAGACAGGGGUGAGACCAGGAGCUAUGCCCUGAUGCAUUGUGGUACAUCCUGUCAGUGUUUUAUGUUUGCUUCUUGUUUUUUUUAAAUAAUUAUUAUUUAUUU